CGCGCGCCGGCCCCAUUGUUCGUGCGCCCCAGUGAUGUCACCGCGGCCGGUCCCCGGGCCCCCGUUGCCGUGAAUGAGGCCGGUGCCGAGCGGCGGGAGCCAAUGGGAGCGCAGAGGCUGGGCGGCGGCGGCCAAUGGCGGCGGCGGGAGCGCACGCGGCGCGGGGCGCGCGGCCGGGCCCCGAGGAGAUGACGGGGCGGCUGCCGGGGCGGCGCGCGCUCGGCAAAGUUUGCGCGCGGCGUGCGCCGGGCCGCCGUGGGCCCGCGGAGCGCGGCGCGCCGAGCGCUUUAUAGCGCGCCCCGAGGUGUGCCGCCGCCAGCCCUCCCCGCCGAGCAUGGACCCGCCGACGGGCGCGCCGGGCCAGCACCAGCACCAGCACCAGCACCAGCACCAGCACGAGCCCAUCAGCUUCGGCAUCGACCAGAUCCUCAACAGCCCCGAGCAGGAGAGCGCGCCGCAGCCGCCCCCGCGGGGCCCCGACGGCGCGGCCUUCCUGGGCGGCCCCGCCGGCCGCCCCGGCGCCCCGUACCCGGCGCUCGCCGCCCCCUUCCCGGCCAUCGCGGCGCCCUUCGAGGAGUCUGGAUCUUACAGUGUGAACCUGAGCCUGGCCCCGGGCGGCGUGAUCCGGGUGCCGGCGCACAGGCCCAUCCCCGGGGCCGUGCCGCCGCCCAUCUCGGGCGCCAUCCCCGCCAUGCCCGCCGUGCCCAGCCUCGGCGGCCUCAACUUCCCCUGGAUGGAGAGCAGCCGCCGCUUCGUCAAGGACCGCUUCACAGCGGCGGCGGCGCUGACGCCCUUCACGGUGACGCGGCGCAUCGGGCACCCCUACCAGAACCGGACGCCGCCGAAGCGCAAGAAGCCGCGCACGUCCUUCUCGCGGGUGCAGAUCUGCGAGCUGGAGAAGCGCUUCCACCGGCAGAAGUACCUGGCCUCGGCCGAGCGCGCCGCCCUCGCCAAGUCGCUCAAGAUGACGGACGCGCAGGUGAAGACCUGGUUCCAGAACCGGCGCACCAAGUGGCGGCGGCAGACGGCGGAGGAGCGGGAGGCCGAGCGGCAGCAGGCGAGCCGGCUGAUGCUGCAGCUGCAGCACGACGCCUUCCAGAAGUCGCUCAACGAGUCCAUCCAGCCGGACCCGCUGUGCCUGCACAACUCCUCGCUCUUCGCGCUGCAGAACCUGCAGCCCUGGGAGGAGGAGAGCGCCAAGAUCCCGCCCGUCACCUCCCUCGUCUAGGCCCGCCGCCCCGGCGCCCGGACUCUGCCGCCGCCCGGCCGCGGCCGCCCCGGCGGGUCGAGCGGGCCCGGGAGCCGCGCCGCAGCCGCAGCCGCAGCCGCAGCCGCAGCCGCAGCCGCAGCCGCAGCGAGCCGGGGCCGGGGCCGGGGCCGGGGCCGGGUCGCCGCGUCGCUCCGCCGCGCCAGCAGCGCGGCCCCGCCGCCCCGUUUGUAUAUUCGUGUCGAUGUUCCACUAGGAAGGGAGAUAUGUCACUUUUUGUAAGAAGUGUUAAUAAUUUAAUUUAUUUAUGCAUCGAGAUUUUGGGCACUAUUAAUAUGGAAUUAUAUAAAACCUCGAUUAUUUAUAUCGAAAUCCGAACAUAGGUAUUUUGUGUUGGCUUUGGAACAAAAGGCUAUUUUUUUUUCCUGUUCUGAGGAUAGUCUAAAGAAGAAAUACCUACCUAUCGCUUAGCGGAGGGGACUAAGUGGAGCCGGUGACUCGUUAGCUUAGGAAACCCGAUUAAGCCGAAAAGCAGUAGCUUCCAUCUGUCCCAGGUGAAGUUAAUGUCAUCCGUAAUUUAUUCACCGUAGUAAUAAGGGCUCCUUUCAGGCAACACACACUUUUAUUUCGUCCUAGCCUUCCCAGCCGAUGAGCUUAGCCCCCGGAAAGCAGCACCUACGCCCUCCCCUUUCGCCAUCGACUCUAGAGAAAGCGCCUUAUGUUUCAUAAUAAAGAAGAUUUGGGGUUGACACAGACCAUGUAUAAUACUUUGUACUUGCUGAGACGUGUAAAUAAACGUUUUCUUUAAAAA